AUGGAGGGAACAGCAAAAAUAAUCGACACAUCGUUCACAAUUCUAUCGGCUGCGGGUUCAGUCUCUCGCGGUGCUGCCAAUGUUGUCGAAUGCAUUGCUCCGUUCGUUCCUCUAAUCAACACAGUGACUGGUGUGGUGCAAGAUAUCAUAAGCAUGUAUCAAGAGGCAGAACAUAAUAAGCGUAUUUGCAGUGCGUUAUUCGAUCGAGCUGCAUUAGCAGAGGCUGCAGUCAGGAGUCUUCAAUUGAAAGCAAGAGAUUAUGAAACGGAAUUGCAGUCACCGGAAUUUUACCAGAAUUUUAAGAAAUUCGUGGAAACUAUAAAGAAGAUUAGGGAUUUUGUUAAAGACAUUUAUCAACUUUCAGGAUUGAAAAAGUUUUUGAUGUCUCACGAUAUUGCGGGCCGAUUUAAUGAAUUAAGCCAAGAGUUCGAUGGCCAAAUAAGAGUCUUGAACUUUGCAUUGGCUGUUCAAACACAAAAAGAGACUGAAGCCAUUGCGGCAGACAUGAAAGAACUCAAAGUCUUUAUGGAAAACAUUCACGCAGGCAUCACCACCCAAGCAGGAAAUAAAUUCAACCCUGACCUAGAAACCAUUGAAGACAUGAGCAAAGCACAUCUGAGUUCGCACUACAACUCGGAUGAACUAUUCGGGACGGUCAUGAUUCCUCCUUCAUUGAUUAAAGAACCAGACGAAGGUGAUAGAGUGCAAAUAGACAAAGUACAAAAGGCAUAUUAUACUCCUCCAGAAACAGGUAUACCAGUAGAAGUUGCGUUGAAAUCUCAGGCUAUUGGAACGGGCGACGAAACUAGAAGUAAAGAAUUGAUCAGUCAAGUGAUUAUUUACAAGAGAUUUAAAUUAAAUGAGAACAUAAUCAAGUUCUAUGGACUGGUCUCAUUGGAUAAUGGGCUUCAUCUCGUGACAGAAUGGGCGGACCUUGGAACAUUAAAAGAAGCAUACACGGCUGAUCCUGAUGCUUUUACUUGGAAUAUAAAGACAUCUAUUGCUAUUGAUGUCCUGAGAGCAUUAACGUUCUUGCACUCUAUUUCCAUUUAUCAUCAUGACAUUCGGUCCGCAAAUGUAUUGAUUACCGAUAGAUAUGCAGCUAAAAUCCAAAAUUUCAGUUACGGUCGUACGUUUUAUGGUCCGACUUCAUCAAUGGAGAACACACUAGAAAAAGCGCGGUAUAUGGCCCCCGAGAAAAUAAACAACCCAAGACUCAGUUACAACAUGAAAUGCGAGAUAUACAGUUUUGGCAUGCUUCUUUGGGAAAUCGCUCAACUUAAAGAGCCUUAUCAUGAAAUCACUGAUUUUCUUCAAGUAAGCGAAAUCGUCGCCAAUAACACGGGCAAGGUUGUGUUCGGAGAGACUGUUCCACCUGAAUGGAAGAAGGCCACUCUCGCAGCUACAAGCUUUUCUCCAGGAAUGCGUCCUCGUUUGAGUGAACUUUUCACAACUUUCUUCAACUUAGCAAAGAAGCUCAAGCCAACAGCUUCUCCACGGCUUUCCUCACAAUCCUCACACAGAAACUCCUCGACGGGAAGUGAACUUUUUGUAACGAACACUAUAGCUGACCCAAUAGCCUGUAUAGAUGAUGAUUUCGAAUUAGACGGAUUGGCUAAAAUUGCACAAGUGAUGUCUAUCGAAGAUGCUAUUAAACAACACAAAAUAACAGGAGGAGACCGAGCAAAGGCGUUCGAAGCGUUUAAGGUGCAUGCUGAAUGGGAAGAUAUGACAGCAAAGUACUAUUACGGAUCGCUCCCUGGUAGAGGCGAUAAGGCGAAAGGAGAGCAGUAUUUGAAAUCUGCUGCGCUCAAUGGUCAUGAUAAGGCCAAAGACUUUUGUGCAAAAAAUAAUAUAUUAAUUACUUUUGCGGACAAUUAG